AUGUCAUCGCUUCCAGUCCCGGCUUCUAUUUCAACCCUCGUCCACCACAUCUCAAUAACCGUCAUCAAUCGAAUCCGCAAAUUCAUGUCUCUGAUGCACAAAUCCAUCACCAUCAUCAUGGUGUUCCUCAUUGUCCUCUUAUUCCUCUUCAUUGGCAUCGGCGCCGUCGCCAUCUUCCACCAUUUUGACGCUGGCGGAGCCUCCCAUAGCGGGCGCCCCCUGCUCCUCGUUGAUUCCACCGAGUCCGCCUACUCGAUGGAGGAAAUACAGAGGUUCCUCCCGAGGCUCAAGUACGCUAAUGGUGGGUCGCUGAAGAAUGAAUGCGCGGUGUGCUUGGACUGCUUGGCUGACGGCGAGUACUGCCGGAGCCUACCGGCAUGCGGCCACGUGUUUCACGCGAGCUGCGUUGACAAAUGGCUGACAGAAGCCGCAAGUUGCCCCAUUUGUCGGACCCGCAUUCGGUUGGAUUCCGGCGCCAACAGUUCAAAGAUGGGCGAGUGCAAGAUUUUAUCGGUAGGUCAUUUCCAGUUGUAG